AUGUUGCCUAAUUUUCAUGAUCGUAAGAGAUCGUUAUCGUUGAAAGAUUUCCCUAAAGAAGGUUCUAGCUUUCAAGGCAAAAUUGCUAAAUAUCAGGUAAUCAAACUUCUUGGUAAAGGUGGAUUUGGUGCUGUCUUUCAAGUGCAAUCAUCGAUUGAUAACAAAAUGUAUGCUGCCAAAUUAGAAUCUUACAAUCAUUCACGCAAGGCUCUUCUAAUGGAUUGUCUUGUCCUACGAGGAGCUGAAAUGCUGAAGAGUUCACAUUUUUGUAAAAUUCAUGAACUUGGCAAAGUGGAAGGAAAAUUUCGUUUCAUUAUUAUUACAAUGUUGGGUCCAAGUUUACAUACAUUACGAAUAUCACAAAAUAAAAAAUGUUUCUCACUUGGAACAGCAUUACGAUUCGCUCAACAAACUCUGGAAGCUUUACAGGAUAUGCAUUCUAUUGGAUUUCUUCAUCGCGACGUUAAACCAUCAAAUUUUGGAGUUGGUCGUCCGGAAACAAAUGAUUUUCAUAUUGUUUAUAUUUUCGAUUUUGGUCUUGCUCGACAGUUUGCUACACGAAAUAAAGAUUGCCGUUUGCCACGCAAAUUUGUACCAUUCCGUGGUACUCCACGAUAUGCAUCAUUAAACAGUCACAAAAAACUGGAACAAUCACCAAAAGAUGAUAUAGAAUCUUGGUUCUAUAUGGUCAUUGAGUGGACAGUAGGCGCUUUACCUUGGAGGAAUUUCAAAAAUGAGGAACGUGAUAAGAUUAUGUUACUGAAAGAGAAAAGUCGAGAAUCAAUUGGAGUAAAUUUACUUUUGGAAGGUUGCCCGAUGCCGCAUUAUCGAAUAAUCAUGCAAUAUAUCGAUGGUUUACAAUAUACUAAUAUUCCGGAUUAUGGAUAUAUUUAUUUCUUACUCAAACAUAUUGCUAAGAAAAACCGAAUACCUCCUGAUGAACCGUUGGAUUACGAUCUGGAACAUCCAUAUGCCGGUACCGAAACGCCACCAUCAUGUUUACCGUACGGUGUACUCAUAUCGCCCAUUCAACCGAAAAACAUCAUUGAGAUCCCAGCAAAAAAUGAUCCUAUUUAUGAGUCAUGA